AUGGAACGCAUCGACACCCAUAGUCAUGCCAUUCCAGCUCGGUGGCGGCAGCAUUGUGUGGACUUGGGCUAUGGCGACACUGAUGGUAUUUCGAUGGUACAGGACUGGACUGUCGAGGCACACUUGGCGACUAUGGACAAAGCCAAGAUCUCGAAAAGCAUAUUGAGCAUCACCUCGCCUGGCACGCACUUGAAGCCUGGGGACAAUGCCUUUGCUCGCAAGCUGACUCGCGAGACCAACGAGGACCUUGCCGAGAUCUGUGCGGCGCACCCAGACCGAUUUGCAUUCUUUGCAAGCCUGCCUCUCCCUGAUAUCGAGGGCUCCCUGGCUGAGAUCGACUAUGCCUUGGACCACCUCGGGGCGGUGGGCUUUGCGGUCAUGACGAAUGCACACGCCGUUUACCUAGGCGACCCGGCUCUGGACAGGGUCUUUGAGAGGCUGAACUCGCGGCGUGCUGUGGUUUUUAUGCAUCCGACCUGCUGUCGAGUGAAUCUUCCCGUUGCCGACGGCUUGGCCCCUCAAGCGGUGGCACCCCUGACCCAGUAUCCGCGGCCGAUGCUCGAAUUCCUCUUCGACACCACCCGGGCAGUCAGCAACCUAAUCCUCUCCGGCACUGUGGCGCGAUACCAAUCCAUCACAUUCGUCGUUCCUCAUUGUGGCGCGGCGUUACCACCUGUGAUCGAGCGGUGUGUUGGAUACACGCCGCGCACGGUCAGCCCCAGCAUGCCCAUCACUAGCGACGACGUCAAGCACCUGUUCAAGACGCGCUUCUUCUUCGACCUCGCAGGUUACCCAUUCCCGGACCAGAUACACGGCUUGCUGCGUUUCACGGAGCCCUCACGACUUCUGUACGGGACAGACUAUCCCUUUUACAAGGCCGAGGCUGUGUAUCGACUGGGCGGCAUCUUGGAUCAACGGGCACCGGAGAUAUUUGACGAGGAGACGAGGAAAGGGAUCUUUGGCGCUAAUGCGAGAGGGCUGUUGUGGCCCAAGUUAAAAAGCCAUGCUUAG